UGUUUUUUGUUUGACAGUUGCUGUUUUGUGUUUUUCUUCUUUUCCAAAAAUAGUGAACAGCACAUAGACAAAAAUUUGGAAACGAAAAACUUUAAUUUCACUUUUACUACGCUAAACAACUAUUUCCGUUUUGCCGAAGAAUAUAAGCCGCCAAUUUGCAAAGUAUUCAUCUUUUGUUAUAAUCCAAUUGUAGGACGCAGAGGCAUACAGAAGCAAUGUCUACAAUACGUACUGCUUUGCAAGUGAUUACCAAGGCAGAGGAGUAAAAGAAAUUGUUGAAAAUAUAAAACAGUCAGUAAAUGAUUAAGUACGUAAAUUGAGGUGACCAACGACUGCAGGCGAAGCGCGGGUGUUCAAUUGCACUUAAGUAAAACUAGUGCGAAAGAUAGUAAAUUGAGUGAUCGCAAGUUUCGAAAGUGGCACCGAGUUUUACAAGAUAUUUGGAGCACCACUUACUCGAUGCGUGUGCAAUCUAUGCAAAGACAAAUCCUGACCAUCAACCUAUAGCUAGCCCUCAGAACAAGCACACACAUUUAUACCGAAACAGUUCAUGUCAGCAGCAAUGGGCAAUUAUGAUGGUGAGAGUAAAAAAUCGACAGCUUUAGGCAGUUGUAUGGCGGCACUAAAAUGGAUACCAGUCAUAUUCAUCGCGGCUGUGAUCGCAUGGUCAUAUUAUGCUUAUGUGGUGUCGCUUUGCUUACUAUCCAUCGAAAACGUCUUUGAACAAAUUGUUUUUCUGAUAUUUUAUCAUAUAAUAUGUGUGUUGUUUUUCUGGUCCUAUUGGAAUACCAUCUUUACACCAGUUGGAACAGUUCCCCCGAAUUGGCGAAUUCCAGAAGCAGAAAUAGAGCAUAUAUUUCAUGCUGACUCUCAGGAUCAACAAAAGAGAAUACUAGAAAAUUUUGCCAAGACGCUGCCAGUCACAAAUCGCACACUGAAUGGUUCGGUGCGUUUCUGUGAAAAAUGCAAAAUAAUCAAGCCAGAUCGUGCACAUCACUGUAGUGUCUGUGGUGCUUGUGUACUCAAAAUGGAUCAUCAUUGUCCAUGGGUUAACAAUUGUGUCAACUUCACAAACUACAAAUAUUUUGUACUCUUUUUGGGCUAUGCGUUACUUUAUUGCCUUUAUGUGGCCUUAACAUCGUUGGAGUAUUUCAUACGCUUCUGGCGGUUGGAACUUUCACAACAGGGCGAUUUGAAUGGUGGCAUGGGACGCUUUAACAUAGUGUUCCUGUUCUUUGUGUCGAUAAUGUUUGCAAUAAGCUUGGUGAGCCUAUUCGGUUACCAUGUCUACUUGACGCUUAUGAAUCGUACAACGUUAGAGGCUUUUCGAGCGCCAAUAUUCCGCAUUGGUGGCCCAGACAAGAAUGGUUUCAAUUUGGGUAAAUACGCCAAUUUCCAGGAAGUGUUCGGUGACAACUGGAAACUGUGGUUUUUGCCAGUCUACACGAGUGUCGGCGAUGGAUUGACGUACACAACUCAAAAGCAGCAUCAGAUGCAGUCAUACGACUCCAUGGGCGAUACCACGCAGCGAACCAGCCAACAUGAGUUGCUGCACGAAGACGAUACACUGCCAUUGAAUAUGACUAGUGCCGCUGUCGGCUCAGUAUCUGCGGCUUCCACUGCAACGGUGAAAUCGGUUGGCGCUGGAGUCAAUGGAAUGGUGGCUGUAAUACCAGUUCAGCCGGCACAACCGGUGAAAGCGACCACACCGGCAGCGACCGACAUAGAAGUUUUAGUUGUGCCAACUAUGGACACUGCCAACGGGAAUGUGAUUAUCAAUAUGAGAGACUUAGAAAGCAGUAAUAACGAACAGCAGCAAAAACAAAAUAAUCAAAACGUUUAGAAUUAGCUCAAUGUGUGGUUACAUUGAUACUUUUAGUUCGCUGCAUAAUAUCCAACGAUUAGUUACUUAAAAUUAUGUAAAUAAUUAAGGACGCCGACGACUUCAAUUGCGCUAAGAAAUCAAUAGAAUUAAGCCGUUUGAGAACCCCUAAAUAUGUCAUGGUACACCUUUAUGUAUGCCAUUGGAAUUGAGAUAAUUAUGAAGGCCAUUAGUGAGCCUAUUAAACCGUUAUUUAUAAAGUUGAAUAAAUAUAAGGAAAUAAAUCGGGUUAAAAUGAGACUCUGAAGAUUUUCCAGUACUUUAUAACUGAAUCAUUAAAAACCUACAAUUAUCUUUAUUAGCAUGGAAAAUAUCUUGUUGAUUUUGUUAUUUAGUCUUAUUAUAUUGGAAAUAUUUCCCGAAGUAGUUUUUUUUAGUUUUAUGUUGAGGACGAAAGCGUUAACGAAUAUCAGAACACUGGAAUUGUAACAUAACUGCAUUUAAAAACUAAACUAAGCAUAUGAUCGCAAAAGAGAAAAGUAGGAAUAUUUGUAAACAAUUUAAAUCAACGAUAUCUUCAUACAUACCUAAUAAUAUUUAGAAGAUCAUAUAUAUAAUAAGUGCGUUUUAAUUUAAAGUUUUAAAAAGCAUUUUAAAAUUUCUUAUGAACAAAUGUCUAUCUGUAUGUAUAUAUUUAUACAUGUGUACAAGUAUCCACUAGAGUAAUGUUAAGAAAAUGCUUGUUAGAAUAAGCCUUUUAUACUUUAAUUCCUUUUGGUAUUUUUAUGUUUUAGAUUCUAAAAUAUUGCCAUUCAACUCUCACUUUUGCUUUUCAUUGAAGCAUCUUUCAACUUAUUAUGGGAAAACUGAAAUAGAAAGGGUAUGCAAUGCCAAGUGGCUAAUAGCUCACGCAGCUCGUGACAUUAUAGUGAUUAACCCUCUUUGACCACCAGUGUCUUUAUUGUAUAAAAUAUUUAUUUAUCGAUGUAAUACCCUUAUGCUAAGUGUGUAUAUUUCACUGAAAUAUGUAAUUGGUUCUAUCUAUUUAUCUAUCUACUACAUACACAUGUACAUAUUGCGCAAUUUUGUAAUACAUUCAAAACUAUAAUAAUAUACUUUUUUAACACCGAA